AUGGACGAGUACUGCCUACCUCGAACCCAACUCCCUGAACGCCUCUACCGCGUGCAGUACGACAAGUCAAUGACGAAUGACGUGGAAAACGGUCUCACCGCAAAUAACAUGCAAACGUUCACCGUGAACUCAACCGAAUUUGGAAUUCAAGUUGAGCGUCACAUCAACGACCUCAGUGACGAAGGCACCAGCAUGUUCAUCUCGACCUUUGCCAGCAAGGCCCAAGCCGAAGACUGGAUGUGUCGUAAAUGGCGCUCGUAUGGCAAAGGCGCUCAAAUCCUGGAGAUCGAAACCAGACAUCUUGGUCAUGGGUACGUGUACCGCGCUGGCGAAGUGGCUCAGGCUCUGGGGUUGGACACGUCCUAUACCACCUAUGACGACCUCCACAGCGAGUAUUUGAUCCUGCACUUCAUUCCUGCUCGCGCUAUCGUUGCUCGCCGCGCGAAGAUGGUUACUCCUAAGCUGGAGGACGAUGCAUCGCCCGCGCCAAGCCCUCGGACGGGCAGCAUCAGCGCAGGUGUAAUGGAGGCUUUCACUGUCCCAAAAAAGCCUAGAAAUCGCAGCGUCGUUGUUGCCCAAUACCAACCCUCUGAGUACUCACCUACCGGUUCAAGAGAAACGUCGUUACGCUCGAAACGCUAA